UGGAGGAAACUCUCUAUCUGCCACUUCUCCCACACACACUCACACACUCACCACCGCGGAGAGAGAGAGAGAGAGUGUGUGUACAGGAACUCGAGAGGAGGAUCCAUCAUUUGUCGUUUUCUUGGGAGAUGAUGGACGUCUGUUUGGAACUCAGCUUUGGGAAAAGACCGUUGGAGUUUUAUCCAUAAAAACAGGCAAAGUGGACGGGAUCUGAACGCCAGUGGUCAGAACCGGUACAGAAAAUUUGCAUUACAAUUCCAAAGUCCACUCCCCUGCAUGCCUGGCACGUCACCAUGGAAAUGGACGACUUCGUCAACGUGACUGCCCUUGACGACACUCUGUCCCAGCAUCACUUCCAAAACGGAUCAUGUGACCAUCUCUUGCCCACCAGCUCCCAGUACCAGAAAAGACUUGUACCCAUAUUUUACACCUUCAUAUUCCUGCUGGGUUUCCUUGGCAAUGCACUGGUCAUCUGCGUGUUCUGCCAGAGUUCAUCACGCUGGACUGUGGCCAACACGUACCUGGUAAAUCUGGCAGCAUCAGACUUGCUGUUCCUCUGCAGCCUACCCUUUUGGGCUGUGUACUACUCCAUGGGGUACAGCUGGGUCUUCGGGAGGGUAGCAUGCAAGCUUUGCGGUGCCUUGUUAAUGAUCAACAUCUACGCCAGCGUCUUUUUCAUCACCUGCAUGAGCGUGGACCGAUAUCGCGCCAUCGUUUACCCGCUGAGCACCCGGAGCGUGUGCCAUGCACGGUGGAUUAGCAUCUCCAUCUGGCUGGUGGCUGUCCUGAGCUCUGUGCCAACGCUAGUUUUCCGGGACACGCACAUUCUAAGCAACCUGAACGUGACAGCUUGCGUUAUGAUCUACCCCAACGCGCUCUGGCACCCAAUGCUAACCCUAGCUAAGAACAUACUGGGCUUCUUGCUGCCAUUUGCCGUAAUGGCCACCUGCUACAGCCGCAUUGGUCGCCACCUGCUGGCCACGCCUGACCUCCUGGAGCAGGAACCAUCCCGGAUAGACCGUGUUUUGCGAAUGGUCAUUGCUGUGGUCUUGGCUUUCUUCCUGUGCUGGUGCGCCUUCCAUGUGUUGGCCUUCCUGGAGGUGCUGAGGGACCUGGGCGUGACCUUGAGCUGCAGGACGAACCAGGCAGUGGAGGCGCUGCUGCCCAUUUCACUGUGCCUGGGAUUCUCCAACUCCGCAAUCAACCCCUUCCUCUACUGCUUCGUAGGCAACCACUUCCGAGAGCAGCUUUGUCGACUCUAUGAGGAAAAAGCACCCAGGCUCGCGCAGAGGCGGGAUUCCAUCAGCACACGUCUCAGCUCCUUCUCACGCAAACUCAGUGACGUCAAAGACUCCGGUGCCAUCGAGAGCCUGCCUCAAAACGGCGGACCCUAGUGGAGAGGACUGCAACGACAACUUCAUUAGGACGGCAGGAAUUCACAUAAAAUGCCUUUUGAACUUUGGUGUUAAGGUCAAGACUUCUGAGAGUUCCUUGAGUUGUAAGCAAACAAUCAAAUGGAUCUUUGACCAAAUCAGGUUUUGUAAAUACAUUUUUUUUAUUUUGUAAAUAAAAUUGCCUAUAGUAUGAUGAUGUCAUGGUUCGGUAGAUGGCUAGCUAAAUUUCUCGUUCCACCUUAAACAGUCCAGCAAUACUGUCUUCUGUAGCACCAGAAUGUCUCCAUUUAAGAUGGAAUGGGAAAAUUCCUGUUAGAACAAGAUGCUGGUUGAAAGAAAGAAACCCGGGGGGGGGAUAGUAAAUAACUGCCCCAUCCUCUUUGAAGGCGUAUGAUGUCCUAAAUGUAACUAAAGCCCAGCAGUGAGGAGCUGAUAAUGAAGGAGCUGUUAAUGAAGUGAUGCUCUUUUAUUUGAGGGUCUCAUUUCAGAGGGAAGAUCUCAACCACUGCCCUGUAACUCAAGGGGCAAAGAGACAAUAGAAAACAAGGGGUAGGGGUAAAAAUAAGAAAUGGGAUCCGGCCUUUCUUUUUCUUUGCCUAACUCUUGUUUUCAUACAGAUGGUGAGGUCAAGCUUCUGAAGUGGUCUCAAAGUGGGCACCUAAUUCAAUAUUUAUACAGAACAAAUAACAAACGUAUUCUAUGGCUCUUUUUCAUGAAUUCAGUUUAGAUGUUUAUAGGUUUUAUAUUUAUUCACAGCUGUAAACUGUAACCAGCAGAUUCCUUUUCAAGAAAGUUUCUAGCUAAUUUAAUUACAGUUUUCUUGUAAUGUGAUCGUUAUUAUAAUUAUUGAUAAUUAUUGCAUGUAUGAGCUUUAUGUUCCAUUAAUAAAAACAGGAGAUGUACUUGAUGUUAAUCAUGUUUUGGAAUAAUGUGCCAUCAAUGUGAUAUCAAGUGUGUAUUGGACACGUUUGGCCAAUAUCCGAUUUGUUCAAUAGGGUUCCAUGUUGGUGCGACCAGCACUUGGCAGUGGUCUCCAAUUCCAGCCUUGAGACGGCCACACUUUACACAGCUGAUUCAACUCAUUAACAGCAAAGAACCCCUCGCAAAGAAAGGCCACUUACAAGCUGCAUUCAAAAGCCUGGUCAGCAUUUUUCCAUCGUUACGUCAUAACAGGUCAUUCCCAAACGAAGGAUCUUUGGGAUUCAGCCUAGAAAUGCAGCCUACGUUCUGAGGGAUUCAAGGACGCAGUAGAUGUAUCCAGGGCUUUGGUUACCCACAGUUCUCUGUGCAUGAACGACACGAAGGAAAAAAGAAAAGGGCACCAUAAAGGAGCAGUUGGAGUCGAAGUUGGAGUUGAAUUCGCCUUUGUUACUAUAUAAACUGAAAAAUGACAUUCAUUAAAGCAUUUGUCCAUAUUCCAUA